AUGCCACGUAAGCUACGUAAGAAUAUACGUAAGAGGAAGAGAGCAUUGAAACAUCCAAUAGUAAAACUGACACCACAACAACAGUUGCAACAACAAAUGCUGAAUGACCCCACUAUGUUGCAACAAAUGUCAAGCAAUCCUAUGCUUUUAAACCGAGUUGUUGGUGCACAGAGUGGAGGUUUAAGAGCGGCACUUUUAGCGAAAAUGGCAGGCUAUGGUGGAACAGCAUAUAACCCUCAAAGUCAAAUGAAUUUGAGUUCACUCAAAAAUCAAAUAGCAGAUGUCAAAAAGUCAAACAUAGACAUACAGAAGCAAAUAAGUGAAAACGAAAAGAAACUAGAAUAUGACAGACACACAAAGAAACUCAAUGAGUUAAACGUAGAGAAAAAGAAGAAAGAAGAACAACUGAAAGAACUAAGUACAGAGGAAUAUGCGAAAAAAGUGUCAGAAAAAGCAGCAGAAGUAGCAAAAAUGGAACAAGAUGUCAUAAAUUUGAAAAACCAUACUACUCAAUAUAAAGUACUGAAAGAUGAAGAGAUAAAACAAAAAGCCCUGAAGACAUAUAUGGAUAGCGAUGAGUAUAAAAAGGAAGUUGAAGCAAAUGUAAAGGCAGAAAAACUUUUACAGUUGCAAAACCAAACC